GCUUCGAUUUCGCCGGUUCUUGAGCACGUGAUCUAUCGGCCGAGCAAGAAUCGGAAUGCGGAGAAGGUCAUUUCGAUUCUUGGAGUCCCGUCCGAUGCUGUCGUCUCCUUUGUUCGGUUCCUCUACAGCUCUAGGUGCACGGCGGAGCAUCUCGAGAAACACGGGAUCCAUAUGCUGGCUCUGUCGCACGUCUACAUGGUGCCGCAGCUUAAGGCGAUGUGCACCAAGGAUUUGGCUCAACGGCUGACGAUCGAGAGCGUCGUGGAUGUUCUGCAACUGGCGAGGCUCUGCAACGCGUCGGAUCUUUACCUGAAGUGCAUGAAAUUCGUCGCCGAUCACUUUAAAUUCGUCGACAAAACCGAGGGCUGGAAGUUCAUUCAAGAUAACGACCCUUGGCUCGAGCUCGAUAUUCUUCAGUUCAUCGACGAGACCGAAUCGAGGAAACACAGGAAUCGGAGGAUGAGGAAGGAGAGGAAGUUAUAUGUAGAGCUCCACGAGGCAAUGGAGUGCUUAGAACACAUCUGCUCGGAGGGUUGCACCAUCGUGGGGCCGUACAACGUGGAGCCGAAGAAGGAGCGAGAGCCGUGCUCACACUACUCCACGUGUCACGGUCUACAGCUUCUGAUCAAGCACUUCGCCACGUGUAAGAAGCGCAACAACGGAGUCGGAUGCGGGCGCUGCAAGCGGAUGUGGCAGCUUCUGAAGCUCCACUCCUCCAUCUGCGACCACUCCGACUGCUGCAAGGUCCCCCUCUGCCGGAAGUUCAAGCAGCGCUCGCCGGAGGACAACCCCCAGUGGAAGAUGCUCGUCAGAAAAGUGGUGUCCGCCAGGGCCAUGUCGUCUCUCUCUUUGGCCAACGGGACGAAGCGCUCGGAUCUGAACGACGGCCGCCGGGGGAUUGGGACUUUCAGAUUACAGGCCGGCCGCCGGUGCAGAACGGCGGCUUUCUGUUGAAGGGUUCCGGUUCGGUUCGGUUCGGCUGUGUUUGGGAGUGGAAUAGGGGAAGUUAUAUAAUGUGGGCCUCCUCUGGUUUGUAAAUUUUUUUAUAUUUUUUUGGAGUAUUCUUUUUAAAUUUUUUUUUUUGGGAGUAGAUGAAGGAAAUAAAUGAAAACAGUGUAAAAAUUGGCUACUGUUUACUGUUUAGAAAGGCUGUAAAAUCUCUAUUUAUCUCCUUCCUUCCA